AUGGCGGGCGAUGGCGGUGCGCGGAAAGCCGUCUGCUACUACGAGUUGCUGCAAGUGGAUCGGACCAGUUCUCUGGACGAGAUCAAGAAGGCCUUUCGGCGCCAAGCGCUGAUUCACCACCCCGACAAAAAUGCUCACCGCGUCGAGGAAGCGACGCGCUUCUUCCAGCAACUCCAGGAAGCCUACGAGUGCCUAAGCGACCCGCAGGAGCGAGCGUGGUAUGACGCGCACCGAGAACAGAUUCUCGGGCGGGUGGGCGCCCCGGAAGAGGCCGCAGGUUCGUCGACAGGCACGUCGGUGAAUUUGUGGGCGUACUUCUCGUCCUGCUGCUACUCGAGUUUCGACGACAAGGACAGCGACAGUUUCUGGCGAGUCUACGGAGACGUUUUCGCGACGCUGGCGAAGGAAGAAGAAGCUGAGCUGCGCGCGAACGGGGCGGACGCUGCGACGCUCGAACGGGUGUCGGCGAUUCCUGCCUUCGGGUCCUCGACUUCGCCCUGGGCAGAAGUCUCGGCGUUCUACGCUUUCUGGUCCGCGUUUGCUUCGUGGAAAUCUUUCGCAUUCGCGGACGCGUGGAAACUUUCUGCGCAAGAUUCCCGGCCCCAACGCCGCUUCCUGCAGAAGGAAAACGAGAAGCUGCGCCGGGCGAAGAAAAAACAAUUCAACGAACUCGUGCAGAAGCUUGUCGCAACCGUCAAGAAGCACGACCCGCGAGUCCGACAGCGAUCGAAAGAGGUGAUUGAGGAGAAGAUGCGAGCGCGCGAAAGGCAAAAACAAGAAGAAGCGCGACAAAAAGCUCUGCUGGCUCAACAACGCCGAGAACAUCGAGAAGCGCAGGAAGCAUUGUGGGCGGAGCUCGAAGAAGAACGGAGGGAACGGAAACGACAGGGUUACGCCUUUGCAGGAGACAGUGAAGAAGAUGACGAAGACGAGGAAGACGAAGAAGCGGAAGAAGAUGAAGCGGAAGACGAAGAAGCGGAAGAAGAUGAAGCGGAAGACGAAGAAGCGGAAGAUGGUGACGCAGAAGGUGAUGACGCAGAAGGUGAGAAAGACUUUCUGCAGUGGUACGAGGAGCACCAGAGACGGCGCGGAGAGAGAGGAGGGGCUUCUGGGUCUGUUCCUCGUGAGUCUCAGAGUGGACAAGGCGAUAAGCUGAAGCCACGUGGAGGUGAAGGCGGGAAAAAGAAAGGUGGAGCGAAGGAGGCCGCCGUCGUCUACGCGUGCGAGGCAUGCAGGAAGACGUUUAAAUCUGAGCCUCAGUUCGAGGCGCACGAGCGCUCUGCGAAGCACCAGCAGCGCGUCAAGCAGCUGAGGCUCGAGGCACGGGACGCAGCGAGCGAGGAGGAGGCGCCGAACGGCGAAGCUGAGACGGAGACGCCCCUGCGCAAGAAAGGCAGACGAAGGAGGGCGAAGAAGCGCGCAGCCGAAGAGACAGAAGAGAGAGAUGAGAACGGAAACGACAGCGAAGAAGAAACGGAAGAAGAAACAGAGCAAGAUUGCGGAGGGAAGCGUGAGAGACAAGCGGGUCGGUCGAGUAGGACGGUGACCGCUUCCGACCGGAGCUCGGAUUCCGGGACGGAGAGCGAAAGCGACGCAGAGAGCGAAGACGAGAGUGAAGCGAUGCUUUUGCGAUUUGCCCAGUCGCGGGGCAAGGCUCUCGAGACGGCGAGCUCGUCUCCAGAGAGUUCCGAAGGCAGCUCGGACGAGGAGAGUGAGGACGAGUCUCGGGUUCCGAGUGUCUACGCGCCUUCGUCCGAGGACGGGGGCGGAGCGCGCGUCGACAGGCGAAGACGGGGAAAACGGGAGGCUUGUCUGGGAGUUCAGGAAGCGACAGAGGAGGAAGUGUUUGUGGUCACUGCCUCGGGCCCCAGCACACAUUCCUCACCUUCGCAGAGGAACGCGCCGGAAGUGCCGGGGCGUCGCGCCGCUCCCGGAGGGAGAGAGAAGAGAGGCGCGGGAGAGAACGGGAGCGAAGGCAAAAAGGGCGACGCAGAAUGGACGUGCCAGGUCUGCGGAGCCGUGUUUGAGACCCGAAACAAAAUGUUUCAACACAUCAAGGCGCAGGGACAUGCGGCGCUCAAGUUUGUCGAGGCAGGGAAGAGGAAGGAGCGCGGCCGGCAAUCCAGACGGUAA